AUUGGUGUCUGGGCAGCGCUGCCAUUGGUCCGGGAAGGGAUGUAUCCUAUCCGCGUUGGUUACGGGCAGAGAGUGGCCGGCGUUCCGCUGUGAUAGGGCAGCGUUAUUUUAGGGGAGGAGAUGCAACAUGGCGACGUACACAAGGUACACACAGUAUAUUACAUCAGAAUAAUCUGAAGCCACGGUUUUAAUAGCACACUUGAAAAGCGAUGGAAGAUGUACCAGCAUUAUAUGAAAUCUUUCAAGGCGAGGUCGCAAAUGUGACCGAUUAUGGAGCAUUUAUUAAAAUUCCAGGCUGCAGAAAACAAGGUCUCGUACAUAGAACACACAUGUCAUCCUCCCAUGUUGACCGCCCUUCAGAAGUGGUUGAUGUUGGUGAGAGAGUGUGGGUGAAGGUCAUCAGUCGUGAGAUAAAAGAUGGAAAGGAAAAAAUCUCCUUAUCCAUGAAAGUUGUGAAUCAAGGAACUGGGAAAGAUCUGGACUCAAACAAUGUCGUGCUAGAGCAGGAUGACAGGAAAAGACGGCAAUUCAAGGACUACAGCAAGCAGAAGAUUAUACUGGAAGCUGUGCUGAAUACCAUGUGCAAGAAGUGCGGCUGUAAAGGUCACUUUGCCCAAGACUGUUUUGUGCAGCCUGGAGGAACGAAAUACAGUUUGUUACCAGAGGAUGAUGAAGAUAAUGCAGAUGAUCCCAUGAAGAGUGACAGGCCUGCUAAGAAAAAAAAGAAGGAAAAAGAAAAGAAGAGAAAAACACACCGGCAGGACAAGGAAGAUUCAUCUGACACAGACAACUCAUCAAGUUCCAGUUCUAGUAGCGUAGAAUCUGAACCCUCCAGAAAGAAAAGACGCCAUGCGGAGAAGAGUAAAAAGAGCUCAAAGAAAAGGAAGAAGAAACACAAGAAACACAAACAAAGGGAAUGAGUAAAGGGACCACUGUAUGUUUAUACAGGUUGAGGCCUGCUGAGCGUGAGACUGGUUUUAUGUCCUCUCCAGAGCAGCAGGAAGCCCACUUCUCCUGUAAGGGGACUACAGAUGGUUGUAUGGCAUUUACAAAAUUAGGUUCUCAUAGCACAGACCCAGUGGGGGUUAAGGAUGCAUUCUAAAAUUAAAAACAGAUUUUUUAAAAAUAGAAAA